CACCUGUAAAAGAGACUGAAGUGGGGUUUCUGAGGGUGCUGCGGAUGGUUUCAGAGCUGUGUGUGGGGGGAUACUCCUGAAGAUGAGCUCUGCACAGGCUGAAGACGAGCAGGACUACGAGACGCCCAGCUGCUAUGAGCUGCAGAAACACUUCACACACGGCGGCGUCGCAUACACUCACGUCAACGAGGUCUGGCCUGGUGUCUACAUAGGGAACGAAGAGACGGCGAGGGACCGAUAUAAGCUGCAGACCCUGGGCAUCACACACAUCCUGAACGCGGCGGAGGGCGAGUGGAACAGUGUGGACACCGGCGCUGAAUAUUAUAAAGAUAUGCAGAUUCAUUACUAUGGCGUCACAGCGGAGGACACGCCCACUUUCAACAUCAGCCAAUACUUUUACAGCGCAGCAGAGUACAUCCAGCAGACCCUCAGUGACCCGCACAGUGAGCAAACACUACACU